GCUGAGUGUUAAACAAUUAAUUAAUAGGGAAUAACACAAACAACAAAUCACAAUGCCAAAUGCCAUGGAGAGUGCAACAACGAAUGGAACGGAAUCGAAAAAGCCAUUUAAAGUCAAGGACGUCACGCGAAACAUUAAGAAAGCUGUCUGUGCCUCCAGCUUGGAAGAGAUACGUCAAAAGGUAGCCGAAAAAUUUGAGAAAUUCUCCAAUGAAGAUGAACAGCACCAACAGCAGCAGCAACAACAUCGACAACAGCAACCAACAAUUCACUUGGACUCGGAUGGCACUGAAAUCGAUGAUGAGGAAUAUUUUCGUACUCUCGAUGAGAAUACCGAAUUGGUUGCUGUCUUUCCUGGUGAACAUUGGAUAGAUCCCACACAUUAUGUGACCAUAACUACACCGCAUAUGAACGGAGAUGCCGAGGCCGGAGGAGGUGCUGGACUUGGCGGGGGAGAGAGCUCGGAUACCACUGAUAAUACCAACAACACGGAAUCGGCUAGAAUACGUCAAUUGGUGGGUCAAUUGCAGAAUAAUCUCUGCAAUGUUUCGGUAAUGAAUGAUGCCGAUUUGGAUUCUCUAUCGAAUAUGGAUCCCAAUUCAUUAGUGGACAUAACUGGCAAAGAAUUCAUGGAGCAAUUAAAAGAUGCUGGCAGACCUUUGUGUGCCAAACGCAAUGCCGAGGAUCGUUUGAAUCUCUUGAAACUGCUUAAGGCUGGUGCCAUUUUCUGUUCGGAACGUUAUCCCGAGGAUGCUGAGGCGAUUGAUCGUGAAAUUGGUCGUCAGUUGAACGAGGCAGAAAACAGUCAAAUGGGCACCACAAAUGGUGGUACAGCCAGCAUGAAUAAUACCCGCACCAUUGAGGUGGUGCAAUGUGACAAUCAGAAUACCACCAUUACCAUCACAGUGGCUGAGGCCACCAGCAGCAGCAGCAGUAGCAGCAGCAGCAGCAACAGCUCUAGCCUCAAUGCCAAUGAGCCAAAUGCCAAUGAGAAUGGAGGUGAGAGAGAUAUCUGACUGCCCAUUUUGGGCAGUCUUAGGUGAAGCCUGGCCACCAGUGAGUAGCCAAACUAAGGAGUCAAGAGUAGCACGAAGGCGAUGGCAAUUUAUCAAACAACAAACAAAACAAAGAAUCAACACACAUACACAUGCAUACACAAAUCAAUGGGCGUGGUCGGGAUCUCAUCUAAAAAAACCCUUUGAAAACGAAAAAAUUGUUGACCCUCCCACAAAAGUAAUAUCUCAGACACUGAGCAACCAAGAGAAAUCAGUCCUGCAACAUUUGGUUAACAUAAACAACAAAAACAAAAAACGAAUACAAAAAUAUUUAACGAAAUACAUGGAAAAUAUAUAAAUCACAUUCAAAAUGCUUCGUAGUAGUAAUUAAGAGCAAAUGAAAGUUAACGAACAAAUUACACUUAGAUUUGGGUAAGUGCUGAACGAGCGAGGGAGACAGACAGAUGAAGAGGAGUCACAUGAAUUUAGCAAAAGAUGUUUUAGCCACAAUAAUAUAUAUAUAUAUAUACAUAUACCUAACUAUAACUCUCCAUAUACAUAAUAUCAAUUGGAAUCAUACGUACAUACAUAUAUUUGUGUGAAUAAGUAAAAGAAAUGACAGAACCACAAAAAAAAUUGUCACACGAAAGACAAUGAAAGGAAAUAAUCAAAAGAGAACAACACAAAAAUCUCCUCUAAAAAGUUAGGAAAAUCUAAUGUAAACAGAGUAAAGAAGAAGAAGAAGAGAAUAGAAAAACAAUUCAAAAUAAUUUUUAAAAAUUGAUUUUAGCUAGAUGAAAAUAUCAUUCUGUUAAAUAUUGAAAACACUAUGAGAUGGAAUUAAGUAUAAUGUUCAAUAAUAGCAACUAAAUUUCGCUUUCUAAGGAAUUAGUUUAAUAUUACUUAAAAAUUUGCUUUUUGUUUGUAUUUACAACGAGUAUGAGUAAUGAGACAAAUUUCUAUGGCUUUGGUAGAAAUUGGCAUGUUUUAAUUUUGAGAUGUGGUUAGGGUAACGAGGAUAAGCCAAUUUAUUAGACCCAUAAAGGAAAACUUCAAGAUUUGAAAACUUCCAUAAGGAAGAAUUUGAAUAUGUGAAUAAUAAGAUUAAAUGUGAAACUUAUACGCAAGGAGGUAAAAUAGAGAGAACAAGAAAGAUAAGAAGAGAGAGAGAGAGAGAGAGAGAGA